GAAACAGAGGAGGGAGUAUAAAGUAUUUGAGACUCCAUACUCAAAACUCAAAUCGAGAAGUCUAACAAGAGAUAUAGAAAUACUUAUUAAUCAACAUUAAUAUAUAAUUCCUCUCUCUGUUUCAAGGUCUCGAUCAAUCCAUACAGGUUAUUAACUACAAUUUCUUAAUCGGAGUGAAGAAUGUGGAAGUUGAAAAUAGCAGAAGGAGGGAAUCCAUGGCUGAGGACUACGAACAAUCAUGUAGGCAGGGAAGUAUGGGAGUUUGAUCCGAACCUUGGAUCUCCAGAAGAUCGGGCGGAGAUUGACAAGUUUCGUGAGCAUUUCAGUAAACAUCGGUUGGAGCAAAAGCAUAGUGCUGAUCUCAUUAUGCGUUAUCAGUUAUCAAAGGAGAAUCAAGGAAUUAGCAUCUUGCCACAAGUCAAAGUACAAGACAAUGAAGAUAUCACAGAAGAUAGUGUAACUACCACGCUGAGAAGAGCAUUAAGUUUUUAUUCCACUCUACAAAAUCAUGACGGUCACUGGGCUGGAGAUUAUGGAGGCCCGAUGUUUCUAAUGCCUGGCAUGGUUAUUACUCUGUCUGUUACGGGGGCACUCAAUGCAGUGUUCUCAAGUGAACAUAAACGUGAGAUGAUUCGAUAUCUUUAUAACCACCAGAACAGUGAUGGUGGGUGGGGUUUGCAUAUUGAGAGCCACAGCACCAUGUUUGGUUCUGCUUUGAGCUAUGUUACUCUGAGGUUGCUUGGGGAAGGAGCUAAUGACGGACAAGGGGCCAUGGAGAAGGGCCGUAAAUGGAUUCUGGAUCAUGGUAGUGCCACGGCCAUUACGUCAUGGGGGAAAAUGUGGCUCUCAGUGCUUGGAGCAUUUGAGUGGUCUGGGAACAAUCCACUCCCUCCUGAAACAUGGCUUCUUCCCUAUAUUCUUCCAAUCCAUCCUGGAAGAAUGUGGUGCCACUGCCGGAUGGUUUAUCUUCCUAUGUGCUACCUUUAUGGUAAACGCUUUGUCGGUCCUAUCACCCCAACAGUUUUGUCUUUGAGAAAGGAGCUCUUUACAGUCCCGUAUCAUGAAGUAGAUUGGGAUAAAGCUCGCAAUGAGUGUGCAAAGGAAGACCUGUACUACCCACACCCUCUAGUACAAGAUAUCCUGUGGGCAUCUCUUCACAAGGUUGUAGAACCUAUUUUGAUGCAUUGGCCAGGGAAAAGAUUGAGGGAAAAAGCUCUGCGCACCGUGAUGGAGCACAUUCAUUAUGAAGAUGAAAACACUCGUUACAUAUGCAUAGGACCUGUAAACAAGGUUUUAAAUAUGCUUUGCUGCUGGGUUGAAGAUCCUAAUUCAGAAGCUUUCAAGCUGCAUCUUCCAAGACUUCAAGAUUAUAUGUGGGUUGCUGAAGAUGGCAUGAAAAUGAAGGGGUAUAAUGGUAGUCAAUCUUGGGAUACGUCAUUUGCAAUUCAAGCAAUCAUUGCAACAGGGCUUGGCGAGGAAUAUGGAUCAACAUUGAGAAAAGCACAUUCAUUCAUUAAAAAUACACAAGUGUUAGAUGAUUGCCCGGGCAAUCUAGCUUUCUGGUAUCGUCAUAUUUCAAAAGGUGCUUGGCCCUUUUCAACUGCAGAUCACGGAUGGCCCAUUUCAGAUUGUACAGCAGAGGGACUUAAAGCAGUUCUUUUAUUAUCAAAACUACCAGCAGAGAUAGUUGGUGACCCGUUGGAGGCAAAGCGUUUGUACGAUGCUGUAAAUGUUAUGCUUUCUUUACAGAAUAGUGGUGGUGGCUUUGCAACAUAUGAACUCACAAGGUCAUAUCCAUGGUUGGAGCUAAUCAAUCCUGCUGAGACUUUUGGAGAUAUUGUUAUUGAUUACCCUUAUGUAGAGUGUUCCUCAGCUACUAUUCAAGCUUUAACAGCAUUUAAGAAAUUAUACCCUGGUCAUCGUAAAGAAGAAGUGGAACACUGUAUUGCUAAAGCUGCCGCCUUUAUUGAAAACAUUCAAGAAACAGAUGGCUCCUGGUAUGGCUCUUGGGCAGUUUGCUUCACCUAUGGCACUUGGUUUGGGGUGCUUGGCUUGCUAGCAUCGGGAAGGAACUACAAUAAUUCUUCCAGUAUACGCAAGGCUUGUGAUUUUUUGUUGUCCAAACAAGUCUCAUCUGGUGGCUGGGGGGAGAGUUAUCUGUCGUGUCAAAACAAGGUGUAUACUAAUCUUGAAGGCAACAGAUCUCAUGUUGUAAAUACAGCAUGGGCUAUGCUGACUCUAAUUGCUGCUGGACAGGCUGAGAGAAAUCCUACACCAUUACACUCUGCAGCAAAAGUAUUAAUAAAUGCUCAGCUAGAAAAUGGAGAUUUCCCUCAGCAGGAGAUCAGCGGGGUCUUCAAUAGGAACUGCAUGAUAUCAUAUUCUGCAUAUAGGAACAUUUUCCCAAUUUGGGCAUUGGGAGAAUAUCGUUCUCGUGUACUUGAAGCUAAUUGAGUUGCAGUUCCAGAUGAUGUUGUAGCCUCACUCACUGUCUCACAAUGUCUUUUGACUCUUUCAUUUUCUGUCCACCUUCAACUCACUAGAUGCACAAUGAUUAAGUUUAUUAGCCUACUUUAUUUUCAUAACUUCUUUCGUGGUUCC